AUGUCUGGUGUGUCUCUAGCAGUGUCUCGUCCACCAGCAUCGAUGGGAGAACAAAAGGCGCCUUCAGCAGGCACACAGUCUAAACAUGGAGCAGAAGAGGCACCAGUUGGUGGCAUGAUGGGUUCACUACGCAUGAUCGAGCUUCAACUGGUGGCUUUUAUAUUGGUGUUCUCAGCAAGUGGCCUUGUCCCACUCCUUGACCUAGUUUUCCCUGCGCUUGCCUCUGCUUACAUUUUGGCACUCUCACGAUUUGCCUUUCCAUCAAAUUCGUCAUCAUCCAAUUCAUCUGGGUCGGGGACUGAGCUCUUCAGAGGGAGCAGAAUGUUCCGAAUGUAUGUGGUUCUUGGAACCACAGUGGGGUUAUUCUUGCCACUGGCUUAUGUGCUUGGAGGGUUUGCAAGAGGGGAUGAGCAUGCUGUGCGUUCGGCCACCCCUCACUUGUUCUUGCUAUCCUUUCAGAUAUUGUCUGAGAACAUCAUUGGUGGGUUGUCUUUGUUUUCACCACCUGUGAGGGCCAUGGUGCCCAUGAUCUACACAAUCCGGAGGAUCUUUGUGGAUAUUGAUUGGAUUCAUGAUGUAUGGCUGAACAAGACUUUGCCUGUCAAUGUCCGGUUUCAGGACAUGGCAUGGUAUUGGUUCGGGAAGGUUCUGGCAGUGGCUAAUCUGGCUUAUUUCUCCAUGAAUCUGUUUGCAUUCUUGAUUCCCAGCUUCCUUCCAAGAGCUUUUGAGAGGUAUUUCGCAGACAAGGGAGAGAUCUGUGCUAAGUCAGCAGAGGACAAGCGAUCUGCAGUUCUCAACAAAUCCCAAUUACCAGAAAAGAAGACAGAUUAA